AUGGUGAGUCUCGACUACAACCAUUCCUUUUUCCUUGCACCACACAAUGGUGUAGAUGCUGUUCCUGCCAUUUUGCAUUUACCUGGACCCCUUACACUGUGGGAGCCAACCCUACCACAGCUUAUUAAUCUCACUUCAUGGGUUCAUGAGUUGAAUAAGAGUACCCAUUCAUUUGUAUCCGGUGUACGCAAUUCUCUCUCCACUACCCUCGUGAAGGUGUACAACACUUCCGGUCAUACUAAUUAUUACCGCUUUGGA